CGUGGCCUUUUCAUUCCUUAAUAUCUUCUUCUUCUUGUGAUGUUUGGGUACCUAGUUUUUCGCGAAUAGAAAAUGUUGUUGCAAACGCAAAUGGAUUGUCGAGUGUUGGUUCUCUCUGUAAUUUGUGUAUGUAUGGUGGGCUUCACUUCUGCUGCAGAAUGUGUUCCUGAGAAGUGUGGUAAUUGGGAAGUGAGUUACCCUUUCUAUAUUAAUAAUUCUGAUUGUGGAUACCAUGGUUUUCAGAUCAAUUGCACCAUGGAUAACUCUACUGGGAAGAUGGCUCUAUUUCUUCCUGCGGAUAUCGCAGUAAGAGAUGGUGAUGGCACUUCAACAGCUUAUUUUAAGAUUAUGGAGACCAAUCAUUCUGGUUAUAUUGUCAUUGAUUCGAGUUCCCUUAAAGCGUCUUCGUGUCAGCAAGAGGCAGACGCAUUCAAGCGAUUUCACUUACCUGGGCCUUUCUAUUUUUCCAUGUCGGAUAAAUUUGUGGUGGCUGGUUGCAAUACAACUGGUAAUUACACAUACGGGGACCGAAGGGGAGAAGCCAGAUGUAUCUCUUCAUGUUACCCUCAAAUUGAUCCACCAUACUGCCGCUAUGGCUGUUGUGAAAUUACUGUUCCAGAUAAUAAUUGGAAGAUAACAUUCACAAGCGAAGGCGAAGGUGAUGGAAUCUGUGGCUUCUCUACCAUAAUGGAUCCCUCCACCUUCAGGGUAGCCGACAAUAAAACCGAUCUCUCUUGGGGAGAUGUUCAGAAGGCUUAUUAUGGUCUGCGCUUGAACUGGGGUAUCGGCGAUAUGAAUUGCUCAAUGGCUGAAGGAACUGAAGAUUAUUCUUGCUCCACUAACGCAAAAUGCCUCGCCUCUCCGUCAAGAAAUGGGCACGUAUGCGGAUGCCUUCCUGGAUAUAAAGGAUCUGGUUACUUUAACGGUACUCGUUGUAUAGACAUAGACGAAUGCAGUAGUGAAGGGGUCAAUAUGUGCGUGGGAGUAGAGGAUGGAGGAAAAUGCACUAAUUUGGAAGGUUUCUACAGUUGUUCAUGUGCGAAGGGAUAUAUAGGAGACGGCUUUCGCAAUGGGACAAGAUGUGUAUCCAAAAUCUCUAACGACCUCAGAACUGCAAUCAUAGGUUCUAUUUCAUCAUUCGUUGGAGUUUCUGUGGUAGCUUCUGGACUAUUAUGGUGGCGGAGGAUACGUCGUUUGGAAAAUGCGAGAUUGAAGAACUUCGAGGAGAAUGGCGGGAAAGAGUUGGAGAAUCUGCUCGAUUCCAUGGGAGGGAAAAAAAGCCUCAAACUGUUUUCUGAAAGAGAGCUGGAAACAGCUUCCAAAAAUUAUUCAAUGAUAAUAGGGAAUGGUGGCUUUGCAACUGUCUACAAAGGAGUUCUUGAGGAUCUCACACCCAUAGCAAUUAAAACACCCAAAUCAAUUUCAAAAGAGGAGUUUAAGAACGAAAUUGCAAUUCUGUCCCAUAUUAGUCACAGAAAUGUAGUGAAAUUGUUCGGUUGUUGUUUGCAAACUAAACCCCCAUCUGUUGUAUAUGAAUUUGUUCCCAAUGGGACAGUGUUUGAGCAUCUACAUUCCAAAGAAAAGGAAUUGUCAUGGGAGACAAGGCGCCAGAUUGCCAUUGAAACCGCAGAAGCCAUAGCCUAUAUACAUGAUCAAGCCUCUCAACGCAUUUUCCAUCGGGAUAUAAAAUCUUCAAAUAUUUUGCUAGACAACACAUUCACACCAAAAGUAGCAGACUUCGGUAUUUCUCGACUACGUCCUUCAGCUGAUGGGCAGUUGAGCACCAGGCAUUGCUCUGGCACUCCAGGCUAUAUGGAUCCUGAUUUUAAGACUAGCAACAAAUUCACAGACAAGAGUGAUGUUUUCAGCUUCGGUGUAGUUUUGGUGGAGCUUCUCACUGGUUUGAGGCCGUUGUUGUCUACCGGUAAUUUGUAUGACUAUUUCCUGUCUAAAAUAAAUGACAAGUGCCUCACUGAAAUUUUAGAUGUAAAAGUGAAGAACAGGGAAAACCAAGGGCAGAUGGAAAGUAUGGCAAGCUUAGCACAAGAAUGUUUGCGAAAGGAAGCAAAAUCAAGGCCGUCGAUGAGAGAUGUAGUGGAUAAACUUUACUGGAUAAGAUUUGCUACAAAAGAGUCUAGUGAUCUAAACCAAGCUGGGCUAAACUGUGAUACUUCGCCAAGUACUAGUGAUAAUUUCAACAGCGUACCAAAUUGUCCAACAGCUGCUUCAGAUUGUCCCUCUUCGAUAAGAAUCUCUUCAAAACAGUCGAGGCUUGCGGAGCACACCAAUAAUCCUACUUGUUACCACAGCCUAACAACUUAUCCAGAUUGUCCUACAACUAGUUCAAAUUGUCCUACAACUAGUUCAGAUUGUCCUACCACUCCAUUCCUUCAGAUUGAGAUGUCAGAUAAGCAUGCUCGAUGAUUACAGCAAUUCACAACCGAAGAAGCAAACAAGGCGAGGCAUUAUAUAUUUGCAUUCGAUUACACACGUAUUUUUUUUCUAGUGGCAGGCAUUUUCUAGGCAGUUGGUCAAAGUUUAUUAUCUUGGUAUGAUGCAACAAAUCAUAUUUACCCUAGUGUUUUCUUAUUUCAUCCAAUAUAUGCAUGCUUGUAUUUUGCCAAAAACAGCUACUACAGUUACGACGUGUUUAGUCUCCUAUUACAGUUACAUUUUGAAGUGUAUGCUUGGUGCAAGGAGAACAAGUUGUAAUUAUGCAUAAUCUUAUAGCAAUAAUAUAUAUGUUUUUAA